AUGUCAGCAUCUACUCUCAUGCUAACAACGGGUUAUAUGGACCCUGAACUUGUACAGAUUCUAAAAGAUGGCCCAACCCCGGCCUCCCUAGGUGAUACAACUGAUAUCCACGCCUUGCGUGAGAUGCUUCUCCGCAAGAAACAGGCUGCGGCGGGGGCUCUUGGUACGCCAAGUGACACGACGAUUAUGGAGUCGGACCACCUGAUUCCCACCCGCGAUGGCUCCCAUAUUACUGUGCGUGUCUAUCGCGGGCCUCAAUCCCAAGAUGGACCUGUGAUGGUGAUGUUCCAUGGAGGCGGAUUUGCUCUAGGCGGGCUCGACAAUGAGGCCUCUCUAUGCAAGCAGUGGUGCCAGGACCUUAAUGGUGUCGGCAUUAAUGUCGAUUAUCGGCUGGCCCCCGAGUUCAAAUUCCCGGCAGCCGUGUACGAUGGCUACGAUGCCGUCAGGUGGGCUGCUGAUAACUCUAGUGUUCAUGGAGGCGGAUUAACGAAGGGCUUUAUUGUGGCUGGCAUUUCUGCCGGGGCAAACAUCGCUUGUGCCAUAUCGCAUCUUGCCAGAGACGACAACCUGACCCCAAGCCUUACCGGUGUGUAUUUGAGCAUCCCGAGCAUUCUGUCGCCGGAAGUUGUUCCCGAGCGGCUGAAGCAGGAUUAUACGAGUAGAGAGGAGAACAAGGACGCGCUCAUUUUGAAUGAGAAAGCUAUUGCACUCUUCCGAGGACUUUACGAAGACGAUCCAUUCUCCCCUCUUGCAUCACCUGCUUCAUUCCCUUCACAUGCUGGUAUCCCGCCAACUUACUUCCAAGUAGCCGGGGCAGAUCCUCUCCGAGAUGAAGGGCUAGUCUACGAGAAGAUGCUUCGGGAAGAGGCUCACGUACCUACAAAGAUCGACCUUUAUCCUGGCCUGCCACAUAGUUUCUGGACUUUCUGGCCCAACGCAGAGUUUAGCAAAAAGCAUAAGGCGGAUUCUAUUGCAGGACUUCGGUGGUUGCUAGAGAAAGAAUAA